GUCCGCGCAUCUCUCGGCGGCGGACGAGUUGGUUCCGAUUUUCGGGUGUGCGCUGGCUGCCUGGCCGCGUGCGGUUGGUGUUUUGACGCCGUGGUGCUCCUCGUCUACACGACUCUGCGGCGGCGGCGAGCGCUCACCACCGGCGGUCGGCAAGCACCAUGGGCAACACAGACUCCAAGCUCAACUUCAGGAAGGCCGUGAUCCAGCUGACGACGAAAACGCAGCCAAUCGAGGCCCGUGAUGAGGCAUUCUGGGAGCAGUUCUGGGGCGAGUCUGGGCUGCAGAGCGUCCAGGAUGUGUUUGCCCUGGUGCCCGCAGCCGAGAUCCGGGCCCUGCGUGAGGAAGCCCCUUCAAACCUGGCCACCUUGUGCUACAAGGCUGUUGAAAGGCUGGUGCGCGCUGCCGACUCCCUCUGCAACACAGCUGCCCAGCAGACAGCUGUGCUCAACUGUGUGCGCCUGCUGACACGCAUCCUACCAUACAUCUUUGAGGACUCGGACUGGCGAGGGUUCUUUUGGUCCAGCCUACCGGGAGCAGCCGAGGACGACACAGCCACCAAUGGAGGAGCACAGACGGAAUCACUGGCCCAGUCCCUCAUCACGGCACUGUGUGACCUGCUGUUCUGCCCGGACUUCACGGUGUCCUGUUCAAAGAGGCCUGGCCCUGAUCGGCCUGAGGAGCCAUGGUCCCUGGACAGCUGCGAGUACAUCUGGGCAUCUGGGGUGGGCUUUGCCCACUCACCGCCCUGCAUACCCCAGCACGAUCAGAACCGGCUCGAGCUGCUCAAGUUGCUGCUCACCUGCUUCUCACAGACCAUGUACCUCACCUCACAGGAGGCCCACCAGCAGCCCAAUAAGUGGAUUCACUUCUUUACAUCAGCUGACAACAGGCAUGCCUUGCCGCUGUUCACAUCGCUGCUGAACAUCGUGUGUGGCUACGAUCCUGUUGGCUACGGCCUGCCCUUCAACCACCUGCUCUUUGCUGAUCAUCGGGAGCCCCUGGUCGAGGUGGCACUUCAGCUGCUUGUGGUCACCCUGGACCACGACUUCAGGCCACCCCAGCAGCAGAACAGCGCCGGCAGCAAUGGUGCAGGUCCAGAGGGCGAGGCCUGGUGCGAGAACCUGUUCAUCAACUACCUGUCCCGCAUCCACCGCGAGGAGGACUUUGCCUUUGUGCUGCGGGGCUUCACGCGGCUCCUGAACAACCCGCUGAUGCGCACCUACCUGCCCCACUCGGCCAAGCGCAUCGCCUGCCACCAGGAGCUCCUCGUGUUCUUUUGGAAGAUGUGCGACUACAACAAGAAGUUUCUGUUCUACGUGCUGAAGAGCUCAGAAGUGCUGGACAUCUUGGUGCCCACACUGUACCACCUGAAUGACGCUCGUGCUGACCAAUCCCGUGUCGGCCUGGUACACAUUGGGGUGUUCAUCCUGCUGCUGCUGAGUGGAGAGCGUAACUUUGGUGUGCGGCUCAAUAAGCCAUACUGUGCCAGCGUCCCCAUGGACAUUCCAAUUUUCACGGGCACCCAUGCCGACCUGCUCAUCAUCGUGUUCCACAAGAUAAUCACCACUGGUCACCAGCGGCUGCAACCCCUGUUUGACUGCCUUCUCACAAUCAUUGUAAAUGUUUCACCAUAUCUCAAGACAUUGUCCAUGGUUGCCAGCACCAAGCUGCUACAUCUGCUUGAAGCAUUCAGCACACCGUGGUUUCUCUACUCAAACCCAACCAACCACCACCUGGUGUUCUUUCUGCUGGAGAUCUUCAACAACAUCAUCCAGUACCAGUUUGAUGGCAACUCCAACCUGGUCUACACGGUCAUCCGGAAGAGGCACGUGUUCCACGCACUUGCCAACCUGCCCACCGAGCAGGGAACGAUCGAGCGCUCGCUGAGCAGGCGCUCCCGCAGCAAGGGCCCAACGCCUAGCGUCCCGACCACGCCCUCCGAAGAGGCCAUCCCCCCGCCAACCGUGCCCACUGCAGAGUCCGAGACCCAGCCGCCCGAGGAGGCGCCGCCUUCGUCCAGCCUCAAUGCCACUCUAGCCGCCACGCCACGCCUAGAAAAAAUGACUGAGCCAGCGCAUCCAGCAUCCUCGCCAACAGGCAGCACAGCCACAAGUCCCGUGGAGAAGUCGCCACCUCGGAGCGGUUCGAAGGGUGGCGGCGGAGGAGGGCUGGUGCGUGCUGGGAGUAACGACGAGGAAUGGCGCGGCCCUACGCCCGAGUGGGUGGCAUCUUGGAAGCAGAAGCUUCCGCUGCAGACCAUCAUGCGCCUGCUACAAGUCCUGGUGCCCCAGGUCGAGAAGAUCUGCAUCGACAAAGGCCUGACAGAUGAGAGUGAGAUCCUGAAGUUCCUGCAGCAUGGAACACUAGUUGGACUGUUGCCUGUGCCACAUCCGAUCCUGAUCCGCAAGUACCAGUCCAAUGCCGGCACCACCAUGUGGUUCCGAACCUACAUGUGGGGACUCAUCUACCUUAGGAAUGUGGAUCCACCCAUCUGGUAUGACACGGAAGUGCGGUUGUUCGAGAUUCAGCGACUCUAGUCAUAUUUGUCGUUUGCCUCAUCGACAGCCUUGAGACCAAGAGACUUCGUGCAAGUGCAACGCACAAACAAUGGCCUGAGGUUGUCCCACAUCGGUGACCGUGGGACACCCGAUAGGCCAAACUACGAUGCACAGUGUGCUUGCGGGCAGUCACGCCCUGGGUGCCUGCCGCGUUGCCAACCAGAGCAGUGUUCUGCUUAAGCCGUCUGGUAUUGGUGCUGUCAAGUGCAGACGGCACUGCAGCGAACGCACAUGUUCGUAUGACUGCAUUCCCCAGGGCAUCAAACAGGCGGCACCAGAACCAGCGGUUCAUCCACGCAAGAACUUUUUUGUAGCUUUUGUUCAGUGUGCAAGUCAGUCUGCAUGUGUUUUAGAUCAUUGUACUACAUACUCCAAACCGGUGACAGGUUUCUGCGAUCUUCAAGUGGAAGCUGAAGAUUCAAAUCUCAGCUGUCGUCAACAUAAAUGCAUGCUGGCAGUCAAAGAGUUGAUAGGUGACUCUGUUUCGGCUUCAGCUCUCUGUGUUAGGCUGAACUGGACAAAGGUUUCUCGUUUCUCAGACAGAGGUGUCGAACCUUUUGCAGAGCUCCUGCAAAAGAUGUGCAGACAAGGUAGUGCAAGAUAGACAAGCAGAGCAUUUUCUAUACUUUAGCAUUUGCAGCUGUGAACUCGACACGAAGAAUAAUUUACAGAUUGAACUUCUGUUGGGCAGUGAAGACGCACAGUGAGACUUUGCUGCUGAAAUGGUAGACGUCGUUGAACAAAUGCAAGUGGGGCAUGCACGAAAACAUGAAGCACCAUAUGAGACUGUCUUUUUUUUUUUCAUUGAACCACCAUUUUACAAUUGCCCCGCAUGCAACGCAAUAUGAUAAAUUGCCAACAGAGGUUCUGUUAUAUCAGUUCACAUUCCACCUCUGAAAUGACUGUAUCAAAUCUAAUUUAACAUGUGAAAGGCAACUGAUGGUUGCAAAAAUUAUGUGGAUGAAUGAAUAAAUAAAGAUUUACCAAGGCAA